AUGACGUCCCAAUUUUCGCCGGGUGCAAUCUUCUCGCCGUCCCAAGCGCGUCAGCAAUUGGCUCAGGCACGGGACUGGAGCUAUAUUGACGACUGGCUUGCCAAAAUGUAUGGUGCUCAGUCAAUACCGACAUUCGAGCGAAACACAGAUACACUUAAAGCGCUUCUGGCGCUGGCUGCUGUUAAUGAGUCGGCUGAGGAGGAGAAGGAGCUGGUUCGCAGAUUGGAAUGCACAGUGCUUGGAGAAGUCGAUGAAACUGCUGAACCAGGUCAAGAUAUAGAGCUCCUUCUAUCCCUGCAUGAGAAUUUAAGUAGGGAUGGUUCCGACAGUCUCGAUGCAAUGGCUUCCGCUGGGCUGAAAUUAGGCUCAUUGGAUCCAACUCCUGAAAGUCUUGCCGGAGAUAUAUUCGAAUUAAACCGGUUGGAAUUUGACAUGGAACAGCAUGCUCUGCGGAUGCAUUCAAUACAUACGCGUCUUGAACUGGAACUAUCACGCCUCGAGAGAGAAAUUGCCAAGUUUCAAAAUGAUUCAGUACUGGCGUCCUCAUCGCUGCCACAACGCACCGCUGAAUGGACACGCGCAACGAAACAAUUCGUAGCCAAAUCACUUGAUUAUAAGAACAGAAUCAACAGCCUUUCAAGAAGGGAACCACCCCGACCCGGCAUUGCGCAAAUCCAAGCUCUUGAAAGGGAUUCCCUUGCCAUGCAGACAGAGGUGCAAGGAUUGGAACUACGGGUAGCUAAUUUUCAUGGACUGCCCCCUCAACAGGGAUUGGCCAAGAAAGAGGCGGAACGAGCGCGGAGAGAGCUGCAGGAUCUCACGAGGAGAAGAGACCGUCUUUUCGAAGGAUUAAUUGAAGAAGAUUCAUAA